CCGGAACCAUACAUUGAGACACCAACUGCAAGAGUAGCAUUGUGGUCUUGUUUCGACGUUUCAAAGGCAAAUAUCGGUGGUAUAACACAUGCUUUGAAUCUACUCAACAUUAUCAGCCUUUGUCACCAUGGGUCCCCUCUGGCUGAAGCACCUGGCUGCCUCGCUGAGUCGACAGGUUCUCCAGAUGAACCGUUUCAAUCCCACCGUCUCCACGACAGCGGCGAGUGCGUACAGGUGUCUGUGGACGGUCGCGGCCGCCCCGCGCUCGAUGCUCCUGCUGGCGGCCAGAGUUACGCCUCUUCCGUCGUCUGUCCUCCCAGUCCAGGGCGCGCCGUCCCUGCUGCGUCUUCCCGGGGCCCAUCCCUCGGCGGGGAUGAAGACCAAGUCGGCCCUGAAGAAGCGCUGCAAAGACUGCUUCUUUGUCCGAAGGAGGGGGCGCUUGUUUGUGUUCUGCAAGACGCACCCGAGACACAAGCAGAGGCAGGGCUGAACUGUUGAGAGCGUGUCGAGAAAUGUACAAAGGAUUUACCGAAUCACUGCUGUCAAAAUAAAUUGUCAUGAUAUUGUCAUU